AUGCCAAUAUUUAGUACUUUAGUUGAGUAUACAGCAAUAGCAUCAGCCCAUAAGAUAACUCAGCUUAAAGUACCUCUGUACGCCGACUCCCGGCGAGCAGCAGAAUUGAGCUGUCACUUUGAAAUGGAUGAUCAGAAGUUGCACUCCGUCAAAUGGUAUAGAGACAUGCAUGAGAUCUUCCGAUACAAUCCUACACAAAAGCCCCCAAUUCGUUUCUACAACGUCACGGGUAUCAUGGUACAGGGAGGUGAAUGUCAAAAUGAUUCGUGUACGGUGAGGGUGAUGCCACCCCCUGUCGCCACAAGAGCCGCGUAUAGUUGCGAAGUGUCAACAGAAGGACCUAAGUUUCAGAUAGCAAGACAAACCAAACAUAUGACGGUUGGAGCAAUGCCGGAUAAGGAUCCAGUUAUAGUGGGAGCGGCUAAAUUAGUGAAGCCGGGAGAGCAAAUACUUCUGAACUGCACUUCUGAUUACUCACUUCCCCCGUCUGACAUCAAUUGGUACAUCGAUAACGAGCUCGCUAGGACAGAACCAUGGCAGAGGACGGAGUUAAGCCCACCUCAGCCUGGUGGACUUCGCGCCUCGUGGCGUAUACUUCGUGUACCGGUGCCAGCCUCAGCUAGCGGUGCUCUACGAGUGCGAUGUGAAGCAGUUCUUUUAGUAGAUCCGCCAGUAGUAAGUUACUGCCAACAAAUUGAAAUAUUGCUUAUAGUUAAAGUUAAAAUAAGCAGGAAUCUAUAUUACUUUGUACAUGACAUUUAA